AUGGGAGCGUCGCUCUCGAACCUGACGGAGGGGACGAACGGGUCGGGUCAUGGACCGGGUCUUGGAGACAUACCCGAGAGCUGCGUGGCCUGCGUGUUCAUGUACCUGACUCCGCCUGAGAUUUGCAACCUUGCGAGGCUCAACAGGGCUUUUCGUGGUGCGGCGUCGUCUGAUUCUGUUUGGGAAUCCAAGUUGCCCCCAAAUUACCAUGAUCUACUCGAUUUGUUGCCUCCUCAGAUGUACCAGAACCUCUCCAAGAAGGACAUCUUUGCUUUGCUAUCUCGCCCUAUACCCUUCGACGAUGGCAAUAAGCUGGUAUGGAUAGACAGGGUCACAGGAAGGGUUUGCACGUCGGUUUCCGCGAAGGCCAUGGCCAUCACGGGGAUUGAAGAUCGCCGAUACUGGAACUGGAUUCCUACGGAAGAAUCUAGGUUUAAUGUGGUGGCUUAUUUACAGCAAAUAUGGUGGUUCGAAGUGGAUGGGGUGGUGAAGUUCCCUUUUCCAGCUGAUAUCUAUACACUUUCUUUCAGGCUUCACAUUGGAAGAUUUUCAAAAAGAUUGGGACGGCGUGUUUGCAAUUUUGAGCACACCCAUGGUUGGGAUAUAAAGCCAGUACGAUUUGAGUUAUCAACUUCAGAUGGACAGCAAGCAUCAUACGAAUGCUGCUUGGAUCAAAUCGAACACGAUGAUGCAUAUGGAAAUCAUAAGCGUGGGUGCUGGGUUGACUACAAGGUUGGUGAAUUUACUGUCACCGAUUCAGAUCCUGUAACAGAAGUUAGAUUUUCCAUGAAGCAGAUCGAUUGCACUCAUUCCAAAGGUGGGCUAUGUGUGGAUUCUGUUUUUAUUGUCCCCAGUGACUUGAAAGGGCGGAAAAGGAGAGUUUUGAAGUAG